AAUCUCCAUAGUUUCUUCUUCUCCUGUUUCACUGUUUGUCUCAACCCAAUUCUUAUUUUUUGAUCUCCCUCCCUCUCUAGAUCCCAAUAUCUUUUUACAAUCUCUCUCUAAAUAAAUUUCACAUAACAUAUCCAACAAUAUUAACUCUUUUACCUCUUCAAUAACCCAGAUGUGCUUUUUUAAUUCAAAUUCUCUACCAAUUAUCAAACCUACCUUACAAAGACAUGAACCCAAUCAUCAACAAACACAAUAAAGGAAGAACCUUUUUUUUUUUUUUUGGUUAAGUGGUCAGCAUUUCAAUGCCCUUCUGCAACUUCCAAAAGGGCACACAGAGAAAUAAAAGUAAAAAGAAAGAAAGAUAAAAGUUUUGAUUUUUUCUCAUUUCCUUUCUUUUCCAUCUUUGAUCACACUACUCCUAGUUUUCUGCUACUUGUCUGGUGUGGUCUCAUAGACUUCUCACACACAAAAAAAAAAAGAAAAGGAAAAUCCAAAUUUUUUUUUUUUUCAAUUUCAAUUUGUUGUAAUGGGCACCCAAAAUCAAUCAAUUAUGUGGUUUCUUAAGUCUUUAGUCAGAGAGUUUCAUACAUGGAAUAAGACUCCCACCAUUAAACCUAAUCCCUUUUGCCUUAUCUUCCUUCUUCUUCUUCUUCUUCACACCUCUCUCUCUCUUUCCUCUUUCUCGCUUGCUUGGUGUCUUUUGCAUCUGAGAUUCCUAAAUUCACUGAGCGGAUCCGAUGAAGGAGACUAAUAUCGUCUCCUCUGCUUCUUGUGGCGAUCCCAUGAUCAGAUUCACCCUUAUGCAGCAGGUUCUGGAGUUGGAAAAGGAAUUAGAAGUAAAGAGAAAGAAAUUGGAGAUGAUUAAACAAAAAAGAUUGACCCUCAAGUCAGAAGUUAGGUUCUUGAGACGUAGAUACGAGCACUUGAAGCAAGACCAAACUCUUGAAACAUCUCCAAAGAUGUUGAGAUUGUCAGAAUCUGGGGGUUUAGAGAUCCCAAGGAAACCAAGUGGCGAAAACAAGAAGCACCCUGGUGUGAGCGCACCUGUGCCAUGUUUUGAUUUGAAACAGAAGAAUACAAUUUGCAAUGAGAAGGAAGCAUUGGCUAAGAAUGCAAGUUGUGACUUGGAAAAGAAGCGAAGAAGGAGCAGAGGAAACGAUGUUUUGACAAUUCCCGUUUCACUUCCUGACCUUAAUGGAGAGGGAAACACUUCUGUCACCGACAAAGUCCCGGGCUUUGACCUAAACCAGAUCUCGAGAGAAGAAGAGGAGCCGGAAGUGAAUGGUGAACAUAUGGUCGUGGAAUCAAUGAAGAAUGCAAUGCGUGAUAACAGAAUCAGUGAUCUACAUGGUGAAAGGAAGUUACCGAUUUGCGGAGAUGUGGAGAAAGAGUUAAAUAGAGCAGUGAAGAGGAAGGUUACAUGGCAAGAUCCAGUGGCUUUAAGUGUUUAGGGUUUUUAGUAUGAAAUAGGAUUGAGAUAAUGAUUUGUCGUCUCAAUUUGCACAUAUGCUUAUACAGGUAUAUAGAUAUAAGAUUUGAUUUGAUGACUUAGAAAGUCAUUACUUCCAUAUGUCCCACAUAGGAUAACAUAUGAACAACUCUUGUCAUAAGUGAUUACAUUAUCCUAUUAAUCCAAUUUGGUAAUUAGGGAAUCU